AGCUAACUACCAGCUUCAUCUUUGCGCCGGAGCUCCUGACAGCAGCGAAAUCAGACAACUAUCACUCCGGAGCUGGGGAUCAGAUAUUCACGGCAUAUGUGAUCAAUACUCCUGCCUACCGAGACGACUCUCGAGCCUGUUCAUACCUGCAGCCAACACGGUCGUUGACUUGAUUCUCUCUCUAAAACCUACGGCAACGCGACAUACAAAUAGCAUCAUCAGUGUGGACUGGACGACAAACCCCCCAGAUAUAGUAAAAUCUCCAAUAAAGGCUUAAAUUGAGACGCGAUAUCUGCCACCGGCAGCGUGCGAACCCCGCGAUCCCAAUCGUCACCGCAAAACACCCUCAAGGGACAACUUCGUCAUCGUCUCGAGAUAUCAUAGUCUUCGAAGACUGGCAAAAGUCUGCCACGAUACUUCACAUAGAAGACAUACGACUACCCGCCCUCCUAUCCUCAAGCUCACCUUGCUCUUUUCGCCAUCAUGGCCGAAGUCAACGGCGACGCUCCCCAAACCAACGGGCACACCUCUCCUCCAUCCCAACCAGCUGCCGCAUCCCAACCAGCACCAGUAACGAUCUCGAAUCCCUCCGUCCCCCUCACGUCCCUCCAAGACAGCGGACUCUCCAAACGACCCCGCGACGCCCGCCUCAUACACAUGCUGCUUUCUUCCCUAGGCUGUACCGCCUACCAAGAGCGAGUCCCUCUUCAGCUCCUUGACUUCGCCUACCGGCACUCCUCAUCCAUCCUCUCUGAUGCCCUCCACCUCUCAUCAGACGCAUAUGUUUCCCAGCAGACACGUGCGCGAGAUGCGCCGCCUGGAGGAGGAUUCCGCGAGGCUGAUGGACAGGUUAGCUCGAAUGCGGUGCAGCUUGCUAUACAGAGUCGGCUGCAAUAUCAGUUUGGGGGAGGGAAUGGAGGCGGUGGGUUGAGCAAAGAAUUCCUUCUUGAGACCGCUCAGGCGAGGAAUAAAGUGGCGCUGCCGAGAGUGCUGCAGAAUGAAUGGGGUGUUAGGUUGCCUAGUGAGAGGUUUGUGCUGACGGGUGUGCCGUGGGGAUUGAAAGGGCAGUGGGUUGUGGAUGACGAGGAUGAGAGUGUUUCUGGUGCUGGUGCGGCUGGUGCUGCUGCUGGGGAUGGUGUAGAUGUUGAGAUGGGAGACGGUGAGGAAGGGGGAGAUGAGGAGGGGAGGGGGCAGAUGGAGGAUCUGUUUGGGGCAGAUGGUGAUGGGGAUGAGGAUAUGGAUAAAGAUGAUUAAAGCUUGAAGGGGUGGUGGAAUGCAUAUUUGGCGUUGGGAGUUGGGGCUCCAGGAUGUAUCAAAAAGCACAUCUGCCGGACGAGGUAUAUUAGAGUAUGAAGAAUUCCCUAUGCUUGUCAGAUCUCAAAAGUGAGCAAAUAUUCAUCCAACACCCUAACCAGUUGGGCAGGCACUCUCCAGUGUUCAUUGUGUAUAUUUCUUGAGUAUCUAUCUGUUUUGCUGGGCUUUCCACACCUACCAUUUUCCUCUACUUUCUGUAAAACACGC